AUGGGAGAACUUACAAAUGUCGAAGCAUCCGGGAAGGAUUCGUCUCCUUUACAGAAGCACCCAGACAACAUCGCAGAAUCUCCCAAAGACAAAGCUUUGGUCCAAAUCGAGCAGAUCGCAGCAAUUCGGAACGCGUUCGAAUGCGUUGUCGCCGACGAAUCCAUCCAAGACUACGCCUUGAGAAGCAUUGCCGGAGUAGUUGUUGGCAUCAUAAAGACAUGGCAAGAAAGAGCUCUUGGUAGAGAUCCAGUCGAUUAUGCCCUUUCUUUUGGACUUCAUGGACUGUCAAUCACGCUCCGUCAAGUGCUGACGUUGGUGCCCGAAAAGUACCAGGACAAGAUUGUCCUUUCGGACCAUUUACAAAUUCGCAAGGGCGGCAGCUGGGUGGAUGAGAGUGUUAUGAAUGUAUUGGUUGAGCUUUCCGCGACCAAUACCGCUGCUGGCGCUCACUUCGCUCGCGGACUAUUCACAGACGCCAUCAACAGCUGGGAUGUAUUGACACGAGAAGAGGGAGUCUUUCCUACGCGCCUUGCUUAUCUGAACGACGAGAUGAAGAAGGGGGCAACUGAUUGGAACAAGGACGGCUCUUACACUGUUCCCUCCGACAAGGAUCGUAUUGUGUUCUUCUGGAAUUACUACGAGCAUCACUGGACUGUCAUAGGCAUCCAGGUCAAGGGCAAAUCUUGGAAAUACAAGUUGCAUGAUUCUUUGGAAAGCACGAGCCGUUACACGAAGGAUAGUGUUAAGACUCUGGGCAUUGAUCUAUGCGGGUUGAUUUGUGAAGCUUCAGAUAUGGACAAGCCUGAAAAAAUCAAAGUCGCUCAUCAAGACUCAGCGCAACAAGCUAAUGCCUACGAUUGUGGUGUUUUUGCGGUCGUCAACGCACUUGCACUUCUUCGUCGAGCCACACCUCCAAUCAAGAUCGACCCUGAAGAGACUCGACUCCAAUUUCUGGUACAAAUAUUGACGGCUCUUGAUGCUGGUCUCGGGGGAGCACCAAAGCGAGUGUAG